AUUUCUUCAGAUAUGUUUCUUCAGGAGUUUACUUAGGGAUUCCCUCAGGAAUUCCUCCAGGAAUUCUUCCAAGCAACACACAUGUCACUGAAGAGUCACGACAACGUAUGUUUUGGUUGCACGGAAUUUAUAGUCACAUACUUCACAUAAGUGUUUCCAACUUUACUCACAGGACAUUUGUUCCACCGAUGCUGAUCGUCUCCCUACCAACUCUGUUGAUCACAUCGGCGGUCAUCCGCCUUUCCCUAGCCGGAACGGGACAACUCAUAACCCGGAUGGGUUUACCGGUUGAGAAGCAUCGCGCAGUGACUUCCGAUGGAUACGUCCUCACAAUGUUCCGCAUUCCUGCAAACGUGUCCGGCGCUCCAGUAGCGUUCCUCCAGCAUGGUAUCAUAGCCUCGUCUGCGGAUUGGGUAAUUCUGGGUCCCGGGAAAUCCCUAGCCCACUCUCUGGUCACCGCAGGCUACGACGUUUGGAUGGGAAACGUCCGCGGCAACGUCAAUUCGCGGAAGCACAUUUCACUGGAUCCAGCGAAGCCGGAGUUCUGGGACUUCAGCUGGCACGAAAUUGGCCUUUACGAUCUCCCGGCCAUGAUAGACUAUGUGCUGAAGAAGACCGAUCAGCAAUCCCUUCACUACGUGGGACAUUCCCAGGGUACAACGGCAUUCUUCGUGAUGGCAUCACUGAAACCGGAGUACAACUCCAAGAUCCUGUCAAUGCAGGCGUUGGCUCCUGUUGCAUUCAUGGGUCAAAUGAAGUCCCCGUUCAUACGAGCGGUAGCUCCGAUUUCCACCCAGCUUGAGUGGACGAUGCGCAUGUUGGGUGUCAACGAGUUCCUGCCCAGCCACAAGAUGAUGAUAGCCGGCGGUCAGAAGGCGUGCGAAGAUUCGUCGGCCCUUCAGGAAGUCUGCGUCAAUGUGAUCUUCCUGAUCUGCGGGUACGAUACGGCUCAGCUGAAUCGCACCUUGCUUCCGGUCAUUGUGCAGCAUACUCCGGCCGGGGCUUCCGUGAAACAGCUGGCGCACUACGCCCAAGGGAUCAACAGCGGGCGUUUCCGGCAGUUCGACCAUGGCGUGCUGGGCAAUGUGAUGAAUUACGGAUCCGCUACGCCACCGAGCUAUCCGCUGAAGAAGAUCACGGCACCGGUAUUUCUCCAUUACGGGGAUAAUGAUUGGUUGGCGGCGGUACCGGAUGUUCAACUACUUCACCGGCAGCUCGGCAAUACGGCCAGGUUGCUUCGGGUGCCGGAAAAGCAGUGGAACCAUUUAGAUUUCAUUUACGCUACCGGAGCGAAGAGUUUGCUGUAUAAUAGGGUUAUCGAUUUGAUGGAUCGGUAUGGGAAGACAGUUUCGGAGAAAUAUACGAAUGGUGAAGAAUGAUAAAUUGUGAUGUUUAACGCCUUUCUAGGUUUUGAAAGAACCAAGACCAAGAAGCGCGACGACCCUUCUUGAAGAGAAAGAUCAACAAGAGAAAUCAUCAAGUCAUCUCUCUGGAAUUUCAAGUAGAUACAUUUUCAGUAAUUGAUGUAAAGAUUUUUGCAUAAGUUUAAUCAGAAGAUCCUCCAGAGGUCCACUGGUUUUUGCGGGAAAUUCUCCAGGAGUUCCAUCAGGUAUUCCUUUAUGAAAUUUCCCUAAAAUACCUCUAGAGAAACUAUUUGACAUUUCUCAAGAGAUUCUUGUACGAACUCCUCCCAGCAGUUUCUCCAGGUAUCGCUAUAGAAAAUUUUCGUGAGAUUGAAUCAGGAAAUCUUUCAGAUAUUCCCCCUCCACAGAUUUCUUCAGGAAUUCUUCAACGAAUUUCCCUUGGAAUUCAUGUAGGAAUUACUCCUGACACUCAUCCAGGAUUUUUCCCCAAUGAUUUCUUCAAGAAUACCUCUAGAUCAUGGUUUCCCAAACUGUGGGUCGCGACCCCCAGGGGGGGUCGUCGGCCUUCAUCCAGGGAGUGGCAAGGGACAGUCGAAUAUUUUACCACAG